AUGGACACGACAGGAUAUUAUGAUCCCCUACAAUAUCCAUUACUUUUUCCGUAUGGUUCUUAUGGAUGGUCGAUUAAUAGUGUUGACAAUAAUGGAAGAACAAUUCCAUGCCGAGCUUUCUACGCUUAUUACUUCCAAAUACGUCCACAUUCUAUUUCAAUCAUCUUGCUUGCACAACGGCUGUUCCAACAAUUUGUUGUUGACAAUUUUGUCAAAAUUGAGGCUAAUAAGCUAAGAUGGAUCCGAGACCAUCAACAUACCAUAAGAGCUGAACUAUACCAAGGCUUACAAGAUUGUUUGGCUACUGGAGAACUAAAUCCAGUAAAUGUUGGGAAAACAACCGUCUUACCUUCUUCAUUUGUUGGAAGUCCAAGAGACUUGAAUGAAAGAUGUCAAGAUUCAAUGGCAUUAGUUCUAAAUUAUGGAAAGCCGGACCUUUUCAUCACUAUGACAUGCAACCCAUCAUGGAAAGAAAUUUUGGAAGAGUUAUUACCCGGUCAAACAUCACAAGACCGACCUGAUUUAAUCACUAGGAUAUUUCAUGCAAAAUUUGAAGAGUUCAAGAGUGAUGUUGUUGAUAAAGGCGUCCUUGGGAAUGUUGUGGUGUAUGUCUAUGUCGUUGAGUUUCAAAAAAGAGGUUUGCCACAUGUUCACAUGUUACUCAUUUUGGAUGAAAAUGAGAAACCAAGAUCGCCCGAAGAAUAUGACAAAAUCGUGAAAGCUGAAAUACCAGAUAGAGAUGAGGAGCCACGAUUGUAUAGUGUUGUUCUCAAACACAUGAUCCAUAACCCAUGCGGUGUUGGACACCGAAAUUCAUCUUGCAUGGAAAAUGGAGUUUGUAAGCGAAAAUUCCCAAAACCAUUUUCUGCAAGCACUAUUCAAGGUGAUAACUCCUACCCUGUUUACCGUCGUCGCGGUGAUCAUGUUGUUGUGCCUUUGCAUGAGAAUAGCUCAACCUAUGUUGAUAAUAGUUGGGUUGUUCCCUAUAAUACAUGGUUACAACUAAAGUAUGAUUGUCAUAUAAAUGUUGAGAUUUGUAGCAGCAUCAAGAUUGUCAAAUAUCUGUACAAAUAUGUGCACAAGGGUGUUGAUCGUGUUUCCAUGGAAGUACGAGCAGGAGCAGAUAACAAUGAGAUUCAACAAUUUGUGGAUGCUAGGUGGGUUUGUGCACCCGAGGCCUUAUGGAGAAUUUAUCAGUUUCAAAUCACUCGAAUGUAUCCUUCUGUGGAACGAUUACAACUCCAUCUUCCAGAUAGACACCAGGUACGAUUUAAUACAAAUCAAUCUAUCGAAGAUAUCCUUCAAAUGCCAGAAAACUCCCAAACCAUGCUCACAGAAUUCUUUAAGAUGAAUGCCAUUGAUCCUGAGGCAAGAUCUUAUCUCUAUAAAGACUUUCCUCGGCGUUACCGAUGGAUGACAUCAACAAAAAACAUGGAGGAAGAGGAGGAAUAA